UGGGGAAGGAAUCGAAAAUGGUAAUAAGAAUUCUGCUUGGUUGGCACGGUUUUAGCUGAUCGGCUGCGAAGGACCUGAAGCUAGAUGAUGAACAAAACCGGAAGCGGAAGUAAAGCGGAAGUCGAAGUUUACUCGUCCCAUGAGGCUUUAGGAAACGGUGGAGUAAGAGUUGCCGUAGUGGAAGACAUGGAAAACAUUUCUACCUACAGGUCGCUUUUAUUGGAACUUUCGAAUAGUUUGACAUCUUCGGACCUUGAACAGCUGAAAUUCCUGUGCCGAGAUGUUAUACCUGCUGGACGAGCAGAGAAGAUCACUCGACCGUUUGAGUUCUUCGCUGCUCUGGAACAACUAAACAUGCUAUCCGAGGAGAAUCGUGAUUUCUUGGCUUCCAAACUGAUUGCUGUCAACAGAAAUGACUUAAGGAAUAAACUGUUAGGAAUUCAAGGAGAUCAGUUUGGCCAAGGUGCCAUGGCAUCAACAGCUGGGGAAGUGGUACCCAUAGGGCUAUACAAUUGUGCCGUACCUGACACUUUAGUUCAUGACCUUGUGGAAGAUCUUAGUACAAGUUGGCGAAUGCUGGGCAGGCGCCUUGGGCUUGCAGAAGGUGUGUUGAAGAACGUUGAUUCAGAGCAUCGCCGAGUUAUAGAGAAAGGUGUGGCAAUGUUUGAUGAAUGGAAGAAUAGGAAAACUACUGAUGCAACAAUGCAGUUUUUGAGAGAGGGCCUGGAGAGGAUAGGAAGGCGUGACUUGUCAGAAAAAGUGCGAGAUUUUGCAUUAAUGGAACAGCAAAAACAGUCCACUGCUGCAGUUGAACAUGACCAGCGACGUAUUGAAACAGAGGAAGAAAGGAGACCUUUUCCAAACUUAAAUGACUUGGCUCCGGCAUUAGGUAAUUAUCCACUGACACCUGGUACACAGCGUCAACCAGAAGAGCAGGCUGAAUCUUCUCAAAGGCCUUCAGCUUCAUCGUCUUCAGUACUUCCCGUAGCCUCAAGUCAGUUGGAUCCAUCUGUUUCAAGGCCCAUAGUUGCUCCAGCCCCUCCUGUACAUCAACCUGCUCCAGGUUAUCCAAUGCCUGCAGCUAUCCCAGAUCAGUCUCUUCCGUAUCCUGUGCCAGUUUCCCAAUCUGGUAGAGAUGACUCCUCACUAGUACCACUUCCAGCUUCAGCUGUACCAAGUAGUAGCAGUCCUACUCCUACAGGUCAAAAUAAUCCAUCAACAUAUGCAGUAAGUGAAACUACACAAGCUAACUCAACACACGUGUCUGAGCCUAAUAAUGCGGGUGACUUCACUGGCCUGGAUAUCACAGAUCAUGGUACCGACAACAGCACAAGAACAAGCAUUCCAGUGGAUCCUGAGCUGAAAUCAGAGCUAACGACCAAUGGACGUUUCCUUGAUCCUGAAAAGUAUGACCCUGUAAAACUGAUAGGAUCUGGAGGUUUUGCUAAGGUAUAUCUCUGCAUUGAUAAAAAAACAAGAAAACAGAUGGCAGUUAAAAUGUGUGAUCUUGGAGUGAACAAUAGUGAAACACAAAAGCAAACACAAGCAGUGAAAAAAGAAGUGAAAAUUCUCACUGCUGUAAAACAUGUCAACAUUGUGGAAUUCUUCUACACAGAGGAAAGUUGCAAUACUCUGUUGCUGUUUCUGGAAUACAUGGAAGGGGGCUCUGUGCAUGAAAUGUUGGUAUGCAAAGGUUCCAUUCAAGAACCUUUGGUCCGAAAGUUUACACUGCAAAUACUGACUGGAGUGGACUUUCUUCACAACAAUAGAAUUAUUCAUAAGGAUAUAAAAGGUGGCAAUGUUUUACUGGACAAGGAUCAAAUGAAUGUAAAACUUGCUGACUUUGGUAUCUCAAAGUUUAUGACUGACCUGGGAACAGCAACUGGGAGUCGGGUGACUAAGGAUGUAACUGCCACUGUCCAAUGGGCAAGUCCUGAGUUACUUGCCUGCGAAGAAGUUGGAUCUGAAACUGAUAUAUGGAGUGUUGGAUGCACUGUGAUAGAAAUGCUGACAGCCAAACCGCCUUUAGAUGAGUUACUAUUGCCUCAAAGAAUAGCCAAGAUAUUAAAACUUCAGGUAGAACCGCCUCAUGACUGCACAUCGAUAGCUUUUGGAUUUCUUAAAAAAUGCCUCAGUAAAAGGGACGUUCGUCCAUCUGCUGCUAAGCUGUUAAAGGAAGAUCCCUUCGUGAAUUUUACAGAAGAAGAAAAGAGUCGACUGGCUUGGCUGUUCAGCUGAUGUUCAGGGUAUAAAAAGUAACUCCAGUCAAAGAUUAAUUAUGACAGCUUACUUGAAGGUGAUACUGUGAUAAAGCCAGCGAAGAGAAGGACUAAAGCUAAUGUACAAAGACAUUGUAAUAGAUAUAGUUAUUACUUCGAAGUAUGAGCGGAUGUCGUAGCUACUAAAUGACAACCAGAAUCACCAUAGCUUCCGGCUACGCUGUUGCUCGUAUGGCUUGUCGCUAAAAACCUAAAAACCGUCUGCGUGACAAGGGUCCGUCGCUCUUUCAUGGCAUUUUGUCCAGGUUGAAUCUGUUUAAUAGAGAAUGUACUAUGACUCGUGAAUGUUUAAUUCAGAGGAUCUCUUUCUCUGUAGCGAAGCGUUGUUUUGUGUCUACAGUAGUGUGAAAGUGGCAGUAGAUGAAUUUUAAUACACAUAUUCAAUGGAGGCUCAUGCGAUGGAUAUCAUUAAAAGGAGAUAAAUGAUGUUUGCAUUUGAGAAGACUCCCUGUAUUAGCCUCAGUUGCAAGGUAAUUCCAGUCCAGUGCCGAGAAUACGAGUAUGGCCCAUUUGCCUGUCACCACACGACAAAUAGACGAAUUGUAAUACCGGAUCAGAUAUGAAUGUAGGUAGAACAAAAAACACUGAGGCUUUUCUCUCCAAAUACAGUUAUAUCGAGCAACUAAACGCUGUAAGGUUUAGACUAGUGCUUACUCGAUAGGUGCUUUAUCGUUUUCCAUGUAAUGGAAAAUAUAUUUUAAGAAUCCAAUGCUUGUUUACUGAGUAGAAGGGCCAGCAUUUGUCGAGUCUGAUGUAGUUGGAAAAUUUUGGUUUUGAAAAAUAAAAUUGUCUUGAAAAUA